AUGUCUACUAAAUCUUCUUCCACCUCGUCGUUCUCAAACUCCGGAAAAACUUUGCUCAAAUUUAAGUCCGAAGAAAGAUUGACUGAAUAUGAAACCCCACAUCCGGAAUGGAAACUAGGUGAUGGUGCUGUAAAUGAAACUCCAGAAUUUUCAGCACCUUGGGAUGAGCACAAAAAAAUAUCUUUUGAUCCUUAUGGUGCUGGUCGUAACCCGAUCAACAAUUAUCUGUUGACAGUGACAGCUCUAGCCCCUAAGCCCCCGCAGAUUGGUUUGAUGGCAACGGUUUCCAAGAGUGGAAACCAUAACCUCGCACCGUAUAGCUAUUUUGGUGUUGUGGGCUAUGACCCGCUUAUGCUUGUUGUUGGAACCACUAAAAGCACGGGCAAGUACAAAAACACUGCCCGUAACUUACUUGAAACUGGCGAAGCAACCGUCAACAUUAUUUCGGAAUGGUUUGUGGAGGCUGCAAAUGCCUCGAGCACAAAUGCCCCCGAAGAAGUUUCCGAAUGGCCUCUUGCGGGACUCACGCAAGUCCCUAGUGAAUUAGUUAAAGCCCCCCACGUUCUCGAAAGCGCUGUGUCUUUUGAAACCCGUGUUCACACUGCAAUUCCGAUUCAAAGCCGCGCCGACCCGACACGUGAAUCUGGAGACGUAUUUCUUCUAGAAGUUGUGCGGGUGCACGCACGCGCCGACCUAGUGGAUAAUAAGGAAGAUCCAGGUGCAAUUGAUUUGGUCGGGCUGCGACCAGUAACUCGUGUCGGGACUAUGCAGUAUGGAAGAUUGACUGAGAUUCUGACACUGCCUAAGAUUACAUACGCAUCACCACAGUUUGAAGCUUUGAAGGGUGAGCGGUUCCAAAAAAAACUUUCUUGA